AUGGAGGCAAUCUGUGCAGUAUGCCUGGACCUUUUCUCGGAUCCUGUGUAUCUCUCCUGCGCCCAUGUAUUUUGCCUUGAGUGCAGUAAAAAGUGGAUGGCAAGAAAAGAAGACUUGAUCAUGACCUGUCCCAUUUGUCGAGGAGAAAACAACAGACCUACCAAGUACGAUGCGAUAAUGAGACAAUUGGUCAUCCUUUUAAGGCAGCAUGGCCCCUUACUGAAGCAACAUCAAGGGCAGAUCACUAGACUUCUGGAAUUGGUCUCAGAGAAUACAGCUCUAGCAGCUAAGACUGGUGACUCCUCCCUGGAACCCUCUAAUGAUUUAAGGAGUGUCUGCAAUCGGAAGCCUGGUCAUAAUUUGGUGGAAGAACCCAGAAGAUUUACUCCCUCAGCGUGCGUCAAGGACAGCUCCCAAUUUUUAUCAGUCUGCUCCUGGGAAGUUGAUGUGGAGACAGAGAAGGAUUGGGCUCCAGGUAUUUGCAAGGAGACAGUGAAGAGUGAGAACAUAUAUUUUCUUAGUGCACAUGAGUUCCAGUUGUUUGAUGAGAAGACAAGAGGAAUUAAUUUCAUCUCAGGAAGACACCAUAGAAGAUCUGGCACUUGGCUGGUAGGGAUUUCCCUAGCCCCAACUAUGGAAGAAACCAAGUUUGAGAUGGAGGAAGCAAUGACUUCACCAGUGAGCACCAUUCUCUGCUUCUCAGAGCUCAUUCCGUUGUUCUAA